AAAAAGCGCUUUUUCUUCGUUCUCGAACAAGUUCGUGUAUUUUCGCUGAGGGAAAUAUUUUCCUUUUUUUUCUUUUUUCAAGUUUCCGCUCAGUUCUAUUCGGAAGACCAUUGUGUCAGCUGUCGUUUGGUGUUUUUGUGAUUCAAUCCCUAACCAUGAGUGUAAAAAAGUUAUGUUCGCAAGUAAUUAAGCAAACAAAUUUAUCGUUCAUUAGACGAAAAUAUUUUUCAAGUUCAAAACAAAUUUUCAAUACACAUUUGCCAAAUCAAGUGCAGCACACGCAAUAUAGUCAAGCCUUGGGCAGCCUAACAAAAGAUCAGGCUCAUGACUUAGUAUUUCGCUUGAAUGAUGAGGAGCGGACGCUUUUAAUGAAAACUCUCGAGCAAUUUAAUGUAAAGUUGGAGAAAGAUGGUUUAACAUCUCAGCUAGCAUCUUCUAAAUGGCGUUCACGCUUCGGACGUCCGACGAAAAUUGAUCCUAAUCUUGGAGAGGUCGUUGGUGGAGUUUAUUGUAAAAUGCCAGAGGAUUGGCUUCAAAACAAAAUCGCUGCUGCGACGCCACCACCAAAGACCAAUGACCUUCUAAAAUUGUGUCUUAUCAAUUCACUGCCAUUCGUUGGGUUUGGUUUUCUCGAUAACUUUACUAUGAUCAUUGCUGGCGACUAUAUCGAACAUAGUUUGGGUCUCAUCAUGACAAUUUCAACGAUGGCAGCAGCCGCUUUGGGAAAUACAAUUUCAGAUGUCUUAGGUAUUGGUUCAGCUGUAUAUGUCGAACGGUUUGUGGAAAUAAUUGGAGUGAAGGCGCCCGACUUAAGCCCUAUACAGCUUGAAAUGAAAUCUGCAAGGCGCGCGUCAAACAUGGGACGCGUUUUAGGCAUCACAGUAGGUUGUCUCCUUGGAAUGUUACCACUGAUAUUUAUGAAACAUGAGAAAAGUGAAAAAGACGUGGAAAAGGAUAAGAAAGAUGCUAAGAAGGAGAACACAUCCGCACCUUCUCCUCAAGUGAAGUAA